CUCAUAGAUUCGCUCUACAUAAUCCUGAUUUAUGUCACUCCAUGAUGAAACUGCACUGUGAGAACACACCAUGAAGACAGAAGGGAUUAUCUGUUUGACACAGAGUUACAGUAGACAGGAGAUUUCCACCUCCUGAAUUUCUGUAACGACUGGUGCCUAUUUGGAUUAAGUUGGUAAACCAUUCCUCACAUUCUCAAGAUGCCUUCACUCUCACCCUCUGUCGACGAACGGUUGAAAAUCAUAAAUCCAGGUCUAUUGAGAUGUUGGUUAGAUAAAUCACACAGAAAGAAACGACAAAACAAUUCUCUUCUUACACUAAAUAUCAUUUGGCCAAUUUUCUGAAACAGAAUGAUAAACAAAAUCAUCUUGACCGCAUAUUUUCACAUCACUUCAACUCAUCUCACAUUCCAUUGAAAUGUAUUUUCCAUAUGCCAAAUUAAUUUGUAAAACACCAAUUGUAUUUGAGAGACUUCAGAUGAAUCAGGUAUAAAUAGACUGGCUAUUCACAAAGACAAUUCAUCGUUUUAAGCAGACGGGUAGACCACAUCUGAGAACAGAUUUGAACGUCUACAUCAUGCAACUCGUCAUUCUCAGUCUUCUCGUGUGUAUCCACACAUUACUCGCUGAAUCCAAUGCCAACAAGACAUACAUGCUUCAUUUACGUUGGCUUCCAACACACUGUCUCUACAGAUAUUGUACUGUCCCGAAGAAAACAACUAUGGACAUUUCGAGAUUGAGAGCAUCACCUCACUUCGACUGGAAGGAAUCCGUAUGUCCACGGCGUUUUAACAUCUCCGAGCAGGAUUUUAAGAAAAUACCUGAUCUGAAUACUUAUUGGUCUAAUCCAACACUUGAACCUAUUGCACACUUCUGGGUGUACUACAAUUAUGGAGCUUGUACAGUUGUGGAUGAAUCUGGAUCCAAUUUUAUUCUCUACCUCAAUCACAGCAUUAAUCUCUACAAAAAGCUCAUGACACCAAAAAACGUGAAGAAACUCCAUAGCAUAUUAGAGAAGAAGGUCCACUCGACUGCAAAAAUGGAAAAAAACCUGUUGAAAAAAUUUGGUGUACAACCUAAGUUGAUCUGUGCACGGAGUAAGGUUGGGAGUGUUUAUUUACACGAAUUGGUAUUCUGUUUCAAUGAAGCGUCAUCACUCGUCAACUGUCCACCAGAAUACGCUAGCCAUCUAGAGAAAUUUAAACCUGAUGACUAUGUGGAAAACAAGAAAAUACUAAGUCUGGAAAUUGAGUCUCAAAUCUUGUGUCCAGCCAAGUUCAUCAUUCCUGACUACAAAAUACUUGGAGAUGCCAAAGAUGACACACAUUCCAACCACUUCGAUCGUGAUGGGAAACAUCAUGGUGGCGAUUAUUAUGAUGAAGAUGAUGAGGAUGAAUUUGAUGAAGAUUAUCAACAUUUUGAGUAGUAUUGAACUUUUGUUACUCUAUCAAUAUGGGAAUCAUAAUAAGGAUGAUAAUGUCCCACUUUCUUUUCAUUUGAUGUACUCACUUCUUGCAAUGUAGUUUCCAGCGAAUAAAAUAUAUCUUACUUUUC